AUGGCGUCCAACGUUUACUCAGCUCCCGCCCUCACCUUUGAACUGGUUGCCAAAUGCUCAACAACUCGAGCUCGCGCCUCCAUUCUCACACUUCCUCAUGGCCCAGUUCAGCUACCGGUCUUCAUGCCUGUUGCCACCCAGGCUUCUCUCAAGGGGAUCACUUACGAACAGUUGGAGGACACUGGUUGUCGCCUCUGCCUGAACAACACCUAUCACCUGGGCUUGAAGCCUGGCCAGGAGGUUCUCGAUGCCGUUGGUGGUGCUCACAAGCUGCAAGGAUGGAAUCACAAUCUACUGACAGAUAGCGGAGGCUUCCAGAUGGUUAGUCUGCUGAAACUCGCCACAAUCACAGAGGAAGGCGUGCGCUUCCUGAGUCCUCACGACGGCUCACCCAUGCUCCUCACUCCAGAACACUCAAUAGACCUGCAAAACACAAUAGGCAGCGACAUCAUGAUGCAGCUCGACGACGUCUUGGUGACCACCUCGCCAGACAAAGCCCGCAUGCGAGAGGCCAUGGAGCGCAGCGUAAGAUGGCUCGACAGGUGCAUCGCCGCGCACAAGAAUCCGGAUAGGCAGAAUCUGUUUUGCAUCAUCCAGGGAGGACUGGACCUUGAGAUGCGGCGAGAAUGCUGCAGGGAAAUGCUCGCUAGAGAUACCCCUGGCAUUGCGAUAGGCGGGCUCAGCGGAGGAGAAGCGAAAGCAGACUACUGCCGCGUUGUCGAGACAUGUACGGCCCUGCUGCCCGAUCUCAAACCCCGGUACGUCAUGGGCAUCGGCUACCCAGAAGACCUCAUCGUCAGCGUCGCUCUCGGAGCAGACAUGUUCGACUGCGUCUGGCCAACAAGGACAGCCCGGUUCGGAAACGCAAUCACGAAGCGCGGCGUCCUCAACAUCCGCAACUCAAAGUACGCUACCGACUUUGGGCCUAUUGAGCCUGGUUGUGGCUGCAUGUGUUGCAGAGAGGGCGAGGACGGCAUGGGCGUCUCAAAAGCCUACAUCCACCACAACGCUUCCAAGGAGACGGUGGCGGCACAUCUGUUGACUAUUCACAAUGUUUGGUAUCAGCUGCAGCUCAUGCGCGAGAUUCGGCAGGCGAUUAUUGAGGAUAGGUUUCCUGCGUAUAUACGCGAGUUUUUCGCAGGGCUGUACGAGGAUAAGACGCAGUACCCUGAGUGGGCUGUGGAUGCACUCAAGGUGGUCGGCGUUGACUUGACGGAGUAA